AUCCUCAGGUCUUACAAGUUUAGUAUAGCUUUCUGUUAUUUUGAGUGGUUAUGGUUGAUAAUAGUUAUCACGCCAAGUUUAAAAGCAGAAGCUAUGCUUAAAUAGACGCUUUAACACAGCUAACUACUGGAGGUUUCUCUAACUUGCAUCUGGAUGGUGCAAAUUGCAGCUGUCAGGGUCCAGCUCAGCUGUCAAACUGUUAUCUGGUGAUAUGCGGUCCUUGAGCUAUGUUCAGUUUGUUAGUUUGGAUUUCACCGGAACCCUUUUCCCUCGUGCAAUUUGUCUUGGGGAGGCGGACAAUGACUCGCUAAAUGAACUUAUCGUGGGUGACACCAGUGGAAAGCUGCAUGUGUACAAGAACGAUGACUCCAAGCCUUGGAUCACUAGAACAUGCGUGGGCAUGCUCACCUGUGUUGGUGUUGGAGACAUCUGCAACUACGGAAGGGUGGGUGUGCAGAAACUGCAUAGUCCUCCAGUCAGAUGAGGAAUAGUUGUGUUUUUCCCCCUUGCAUCCAGUGUGUGCUAUCACCUAACUAUUCACCGCCUUAAGUCAUCCAUCAGAACUUUGUAGUUGCUGUGGGUGCAGAGGGAUGGUUUCACCUGUUUGACCUGUCUGCAGUGGCAGGAGCCAAGUCAGAUUCAUCCAGCCAGCAGGAGGCGCUGUUCUCUAAUGACCAGAAACCCUGCUUCUCUCAGCACAUUUCUGCCAGCACCAAAGAUAUCCUUAUUAGUGACAUAGAUGGGGAUGGGCGCAGUGAGCUUGUAGUGGGAUACACAGACCGUGUGGUGAGAACGUUCCGCUGGGAGGAGCCCAACGAUUCUUCAGACCUGAGCUCUGGACAGCUGGUCCUGCUGAAGGAGUGGCUUCUGGAGGGACUGGCAGGUGGACAGCCUGUCAGUAAACCCAGACCUAGAGGGUCUUCCUGAACUGAUGGUGUCCCAGCCUGGUUGUGGCUUUGCCAUCCUGCUGUGCACAUGGACACAACAGGGCUCCUCUGAGGCGGCGCCUGGGGAGGAGGCUCCACCCACUCCUGGCAGGCACACUGAAACUGAUGGACAGUUCAGAGCAGUUGAAGUGGUCAGUGCAGGUGGAUCACCAGCUUUUUGCUCUGCAGAAGCUGGACAUCACAGGCGACGGCAGAGAGGAGGUGGUGGCGUGUGCCUGGGAUGGUCAGACCUACAUCAUCGACCACAACCGCAUGGUGGUGCGCUUCCAGUUUGACGAAAAUGUCAAUGCUUUCCGUGCAGGUCAGUACACCUGUAAGGAUGGCAAGAACAGCCCCUGUCUGGUGUACGUCAGCUUUAACCACAAGAUCUAUGUGUACUGGAGGGUGGAGCUGGAGCGCAUGGAGCCCACCCAUCUCCUUAGGGUCCUGGAGGAGAGGCCAGAGUUCAAGGCCCGGCUGGAGCAACUGGGAGUGGGUGCAGAAUGCUGUGUAUGGAGGAUUGACAGGGGUGUCCUGUACAGAUGAGCAAUACCAGUGGAACUCGGGGGACGCAGCGGAAUUUCGCUCCAAAAAGGUUGAGCGAGAUCUGUUUCAAACGUCACAAACCAAGUGACGAGUUCUCUGACAGCACCACAGCCGCUUCUCCACCUCCACCUCCACCUCCACCUCCUGCAUGUCAGUCCCACAACGCACUUAAACGUUUGAAAGGAGCCAAUGUUCCAGUGUGGAGCUUUCUACACAAGUGCAUCAAAGCUUAACCAAACAGUCAUUAGGUUCCAGCAGCAGCCACACAGCUACAACAGCCUUAUGGUGAACAUGGCAUCAACAUGCAGUGUCAGAAAUGCUUGUCAUAUUAUGACAUCUAUGUUAAGCUGGAGGAGUGUAAAGGAGGAGUGUAAAUGUGCCAGCUUGGAGGAGGUCCCUAAAGCACAGAGUGCCUCCCAUGCAUUGUAUGACGCGCGUUAGCUUUGGAUCACUGCUAGCUCGGCAAAGAAGGUUCCUGUGCGCACCACAACAAAUCCCGACUUCGUUGUGCGGGAGAAUCUCUUCCCUCGGGUUCCGCAACCACAUAUAGCAAAGAGAACGAGCAGGUGGCCUACACAUGGAUGGAGAGCUGAGGGUUUAGUCUGGAGAGUGGAGGCACAAUAGUGAGUGUCAAGGAGCCAUGUUUUUUUUCUGCAAGCCCAGAUGGAGUGUUUAAACUCUCAGGAACUAUUAGAAAUCAAAUGUCCCCUUCUGAUUAAGAAGUGUGAGUCUCUGACUGAAAUGUUCUCUGGCAAACUCACCGAUGUGAAGCUGGUGCAUGGGGUUACUCAACCUAAUGGAGAACGUGGGUACUACAUGCAGGUGCAAAUGGGCAUGUUCUGCACAGGACUGGAGAGAUGUGCUAGCAGUUGAUGUUAAUUCUUCAAUAACACAGACCCCACAGCAAAUCAGGGGAAAAAUAUAUUUAUUUAAAGAGAACAAAUCAUAGUUGAAAGUAGAUGGUAGAUGUUUAUUCUUCCCUGUCCUCAAUGUUUCUCCUCUGAACAAAGAGACUGGAUGGAGUUUAUAACCCAACCCUAGCCCGUGGUUGACCAAUUAGAAUGUCUUGCAAUAAAACUGGGCCAAUGGCCAAAUAACAAAUAUCCUGUUUCAGGCUCAAUGUUUAGACAAUUCGGACCAAUGAGAACAUGCCAUGAGCCAUGAGCUAUGAGUCCCAGACUGAAAUUCCUCCCGUGUCCCUGACCCAUUAAUCUUCAGUUCCCCAUUACAGAAAAACAACUAUUUCCAUUGAUAAUUAAUUCCCUCUUGACCUUUAGUCCUCUGAGUUGUGUAUUUAUCUUUGAAUACUCGUACGGAUGCAAACUGCUUGUCUGGGCUCCAUCCGAGCAGGUUGUUAUUGAUGUGCCUUUUGAUGUGAAGUUCUGUGCUGAUCUUAUUCCUAAACUAAAGACAUUCUAUUUCACACACAUGCUGCCAAGGAUAGUAGAUGACUUCCAGUCAGGCAGACUAACCCUGUGCUCCAAAUAUGUUCAUCUAUGUGGUGUCUUAUACUUCUCUGUUUUUAAAUGGUUCAUAUAUUUUGUGUCUUGUAAAGCUCUGUCGGCUCUUCCUUAUUAUCUAAGCAUAACUCUUGAUUGGUGUUUUUGUCUGUCACAGUUCACCUUCAUAUGCACAUUUACCUGAUUUUAUAUUUGCAUAAUUCUUGUUUUUUUAUAUCUUGCCUUGUACAGCUCUCUUCAUACUUGUUUAUCUAAUGCCUACGGAUAAUGAUUUAUGAAUGUUUUUAUUGUCCCUUGUAUAACUCUCUUUUCAUAUGGCACUUUAUGAAUUUAUCUCAGCAUAUCAUAAUUCAUCUUGCACUUGGCAAAUGAUGGUGUUAAUAAAACCACUAUGAAAUUCAA